CCCCCGGCGGGGACAGCGAGCGCCCCCUGAGCCCGGAGCAGCCGUCCCGGGCUCGCGGAGGGCGAUGUUCUCCGCCGUGAAGCCGUACGAGGGCCAGCGGUACGCCCCGCUCAAGAGGGACUGUCUGCGGAAGAAGGUGCUGUUUGAGGACCCCCAGUUCCCGGCCAGCGAUGAGUCCCUCUACUACAAGGCGUCCCGGAUGCAGGGCAUCAAGUGGAAACGCCCCAAGGAGAUCUGUGACGACCCCCAUCUCUUCGUGGACGGCAUCAGCUCCCACGACCUGCACCAGGGGCAGGUGGGCAACUGCUGGUUCGUGGCCGCCUGCUCCUCCCUGGCCUCCCGGGAGACCCUCUGGCAGAAGGUGAUUCCGGACUGGAAGGAGCAGGAGUGGAGCCCCGAGAAGCCGGAAAACUACGCGGGCAUCUUCCACUUCCACUUCUGGCGAUUCGGCGACUGGGUGGACGUGGUGAUUGACGACCGGCUGCCCACCGUCCACAACCAGCUCAUCUACUGCCACUCCAACUCGACCAACGAGUUCUGGUGUGCCCUGGUGGAAAAGGCUUAUGCCAAGCUGGCGGGCUGCUACGAGGCCCUGGACGGGGGCAACACCGCGGACGCGCUGGUGGACUUCACGGGUGGCGUGUCUGAACCCAUCGACCUGACCGAGGGCGACUUUGCCCGCGACGAAGCCAAGAGGAACUUGCUGUUCGAGCGCGUCCUGAAAGUCCACCAACGGGGGGGCCUCAUCAGCGCAUCCAUCAAGGCUGUGACCGCAGAGGACAUGGAGGCCCGGCUGGCCUGCGGACUGGUGAAGGGCCACGCCUAUGCCAUCACCGACGUGCGGAAAGUCCGGCUGGGCCACGGCCUGCUGUCCUUCUUCAAGUCGGAGAAGCUGGACAUGAUCCGGCUGCGCAAUCCUUGGGGGGAGAGGGAGUGGAACGGUCCCUGGAGCGACACCUCCGAGGAGUGGCAGAAAGUGAGCAAGAGUGAGAGGGAGAAGCUGGGAGUGACGGUGCAGGACGAUGGGGAAUUCUGGAUGACGUUCGAAGACGUCUGCAGAUACUUCACCGACAUCAUCAAGUGUCGCCUCAUCAACACAUCCUACCUGAGCAUCCACAAGACGUGGGAGGAGGCGAAGCUGAGGGGGGCCUGGACCCGCAGCGAUGACCCCCUGAAGAACCGCAGCGGUGGUUGCAUCAACCACAAGGGCACCUUCCUCCAGAACCCUCAGUACGUGUUCGACGUGAAGAAGAAGCCGGAAGACGAGGUGCUCAUCUGCAUCCAGCAGAAGCCCAAGCGGACGAGUCGUCGGGAGGGCAGGGGCGAGAACCUGGCCAUCGGCUUCGACAUCUUCAAGGUGGAGCUGAACCGGCAGUACCGCAUGCACUCGCUGCAGCAGAAGGUGUCCAGCUCCAUCUACAUCAACUCCCGCAGCGUCUUCCUGAGGACGGACCAGAGGGAGGGCCGCUACGUCAUCAUCCCCACCACCUUCGAGCCCGGCCACACCGGGGACUUCCUGCUCCGCGUGUUCACAGACGUGCCGGCCGACUGCAGAGAGCUGACGCUGGACGAGCCCCCGCGCAGCUGCUGGAGUGGGAUGUGUGGCUACCCCCAGCUGGUCACCCAGGUCCACGUCAUCUCUGCCGACGGCUUGAAGGACGCCGUGAACGGUGCCGACUCGUACGUGAUCAUCAAGUGUGAAGGCAGCAAGGUUCGUUCCGCUGUGCAGAAAGGAACCUCGAAACCAGAGUUUGACAUGAAAGGAGUCUUCUACCGCAAGAAGCCGGGGCAGCCCAUCUUGGUGCAGAUCUGGAACCACAAUGUCUUGAGUGAUGAGUUCCUGGGCCAGGUGGCCCUGACUGGGGACCCUGGGGGACCCCGGUCCCUGCACACCCUCCACCUCCAGGACCGGAGCAGCAAACCUGCCAGUGAACGCCCAGGCACCGUCACCCUGGGACUGCAGACCAGUGCCACCCUGACGGACAUCUAGCGCCUCUCCCCUGUCCAGCCUCCUCUGGUCCCCCGGUCCCUGCCCCGUGACUCCCGACCCCCAUGAUUCCCUGCCCAGGGUACCACAGGGCGGGAGGGGGACAGUUCCCAGUGGAAUUUGUGCAUAAGAGGACCUUCCCCCAAAUCCAGUGACCACAUUUGCCCUCUAGCUUCCAGGGGAUUUGAACCCCAGGAUGGUUCCCGGAAGAAAAAGGGAUAGGCCAGGGGGUGGGCAGGGUUUCCUUAUGCUCACAGCCUCAUUCUGAGCUUUUACGCUGUCCCUCACGCUGCCUGGCUCCUUCUGGGUGUGCCAAGGGGGUGGCGAGCGAGCAUCUGGGGGGUCACCGUUGUCUCGGCGGGCUGUGACUUUGCCGGCGAGCUGGUUUCGGUUGGACCGGCGCUGCUGUGGUUUCAUCUGCGAUUCAUCCCCGGCCCAAAUGGGUUCGGUGGGGUGGGUUGACUGCACCUCUCAGACCACCGGCCGGCCCUGACGGCCCACUGCCCGCUCCCUCUCUCACCCACUCCUGGCCCCUGCCGGCGGGCAUCCCAACGGAUGCCGGAGUUCAGGGCCACAUCUUGGGUCGUCAGGCAACCACCGCCUAGGGAUGGAUGGGACCGCUGCCCUGACUUGAACCGAAGCCAGGGUUCCCUCGCAGCCCUGGGCCCCUUCCUACAGAUCAGUAAACCAACAGUAUUUACUGGGCCCUGGAGUAUGGGACACAGGAGGACCUCGGGCAAGACAGUUAACCUCUCUGUGCCUCAGUGUCUUCACCUGUAAAAUGGGACCAAUGACCUGAUUUAUCAAGUGCCGCAUAAGGGCACAAAUCUAGAAUUCUAUCCAUCAUUAAGCGCGUACAUGUACACCCGGAUCCGCCUCGCUUUCUACUUUCCUCCCCUGCUUGGCCAGGCCCUCCGGGUCCCAUCACCUGCACUUAGCGCUGCGACUGAAUAUUUGUAGUCCUGGCUGGGAAGACUCCACCCCAGGGCUGAGCUUGGCCAUACUGGGGUUCUGGGACACCAGGAGGUGCGUCUCCACCCCUCUAUUUCGGCACCUAGUCCUUCGUUGCAGCCAAUCCAGAGACCUGGUCCCAGCCCCCCUCCCUGUAGUCCUCUUUCCCCACCCCCAGGUUGGGAUCCGGGGUGGGGAGGGGUGGCAUCCAGAGUCCAGGAUGUGCCCCUGCCCCGCCUCCACUGGAGAAGCAGCCAGAAUCCUGCAGCCUCUGCCCCCUUCCCAGUUGUACAGCUGAGAAACCGAGGCCCAGAGAGGUUUAGCGACUUGCUCAAGAUCGCACAGUGGGCCGAUUGGCUGGGGUCUGGGAGAAGUCCCCUUGUCUUGAUGUUCAGUUCAUUAGGUGGCCUAGCUCAAAUCGAAAACUUCUAGGGGUCCCCCUCAGUGUUUGGAGCGGGGCUGAGGGGGAGUGGAUUGAGGGUCUGGCGGGGAGCUUGAGUUCCCAGGGAAUGAGGCGGUAAGGCAGGAAUGCGUCAUGGGCACAGGGUGGUGUUGUUGGGUUAUGUUUUCCAUUGGGAACCGGCAUAUCCCCGGAUGGCGGGCACUGCCGGAUUAGCAAGGCGCGUGCUAGGACAGGGAGGGAAGAUUGGGGUCCCUUCCCGCCUAUUCGGGAUGGUCUACGUGGAGGCGGGAAGCUGGAUGUUAUGACCUCUCCAGGGCUGCUUUCAGGCCCUGGGAGCCCCGACUCAGGACUACUACGAGCCGCAUCAGCCUCCCUGGGUCUCUGUUUCCCCAACUGUUAACGGGAGGGAGCCCAAUCUCCCCGCGGCCCUUUGGGCCGGACAAAGGGCAGUUACAUCGGCGCUGACCAUCUCCAAGUCAGCUAUGGGGUGAUCACAAUCUUCCGACCCUAGCGCUGGGUGGGACGCAGAGAGGUCAGCCAGUCCAGCCCCCUGCCUCCAGACACGCUCAGGCUUUCGGUGUCUACCCUAUGUUGUAUCUACCCCAGUUCUUUGUACAGUGUUGGACACCUAUUAAGUGCUUAACAAAUAUUACAAUAAUGCUACUACUAA